AUGGCGGGGAAUAAUUAUCCUUGGUUCCAAAAUCCAAACCCUAGAUUCCAAAAUUACAACUUUGCGAGCAGCUCAUCUAAUCAACACCAUGGCUUAGUGGUGGAGGAUCAACAACAAGAAGACAACAUGAUGAUAAAAGAACAAGACAGGCUACUUCCGAUAGCAAACGUAGGAAGGAUCAUGAAGAACAUUCUGCCACCAAAUGCAAAGAUCUCCAAAGAAGCAAAAGAGACUAUGCAAGAAUGUGUCUCCGAGUUCAUAAGCUUCGUCACCGGAGAAGCCUCCGAUAAAUGCCACAAGGAGAAGAGAAAGACCGUUAAUGGAGACGAUAUAUGUUGGGCUAUGGCAAAUCUAGGGUUUGAUGAUUACGCCGAGCAGCUCAGGAAGUAUUUAAAUCUUUACCGAGUUUUUGAACUUGAGAGAGCCAGUCAUCACGGCAAAGGAGGAGCUAAAUCCUCACCGGAUUAUUAA